AUGUCACUUCCAAAGAUCAAGGUCGAAAGCCCAGUACUGGCUCCGCAGACGCCACAGCGCACGUCCUCGCCUACACCGGAGUACGAAGAGUCUUCAGAUGGUACGCUGUCAGAGGAGGAAGACAUAAAAGAAGAAGAGGAAGACCAAGAUGUGAAGCACUCGGCCAUAGCACUGCAUGCCAUGCUCGCAUAUCCGCCCCACAUCAGCCAUGCAUAUGGCAGCCACUAUCAGGGAAAUUACAUGUUUGCUCCACGCCGAACCUCUUGCCGCAAACUCGAGACCUUCGGAGCCAUGGACUACCACGGUAAUGGCCAAGAUGCUAAUGAGUUUGACAGUAUGAUGCAGCUUCCAGGCUAUGAUCCCAUGAGCGGAGUGUCUUCUGAGCAAUCUCUCGACCAGAUGGUGUCCAGCAAUGGCUUGCACACCAACUUCGAGAAUGCAUUUGGUCCUCAGCAGCAGAUGCAGCAGACUGCUUCCAUGUCCAACCUGCAGCAGCCGGCCACCAUGUCCAACAUGCAGUCUGCUCCUAUGUCCAACUUGCAGCAGAUGCAGCAGCUCCCUUCCAUGCCAGACAUGCUGCAGCAGCAGAUGCAACAGACUGCUCCCAUGUCCAACUCGCAGCAGCCUGUUCAGACAUCCAACUUACAGCAGAUGCAGCAGCUGUCUCCCAUGCCAAACAACCAGCAGAUGCAGCAUCUUUCCCCUAUUCCCCACAACCAGCAGCAGCAGAUGCAGAAGCCUGCUCCCAUGGCAAAGAUGCAGCAGACGAAGCAUCAGUCUUUCUCCACUGCCAGCGGAUUCAUCGACUCGCCCCACGAGGCCAUGAUGAAGGAAGUAAACAGCUUCACGCACAACAUGACGCAGCUGGCCAACACGAUGAAUGCUCGCAUGACCAAGGCCGAGUUCGAGCGUGACUGUCUCCGCGCAGCCCUCGAACAGCAGCAGUCUCAGCACGGCGGCAGCGGCAACACCAACAUGCAGCUCACGUCGACGCCGCAGACCGCCCCAGAGUUCGGUAGCCGCAACUCGCGCUUCCGCGAUGCAGCCGAUGUCCGCUACUCGAUUCCCGUGACGCCUACGCGGCCCGCUCCACUGGAUGCUCAGCACUACAACAGCGUGCCCGGCAAGAACAGCGGCUUCACGCCUACGACCACCACUGGCGGUGGAGGCGGCGGCCAGGUAUCUUCGUUCGGCAGCAAGCUGACGGGCCUCAACAAGCACAAGAGCGAGAAGACGCGUGCACGCAAGGACCUGCAGAUCAAAGUCCCCGGCCAAGGUCCACUGGGUGCUGCGAUGGCUGGAUUGCCUACUCCCAUGAGCAAGUCUGGUGCUUCCGCUGGUUUCAGCGCCGGCCUGGCUCCUCCCUCUGCGUACAUGCGCACGCCAUCGACUCUGCUUCUCCCGAACCCAUCGCCACUGACGCCAGGCGUGAUUGGGCCUCUGUGUGGCGGCGGACCGUUGCGGUCGUCCAACAUUGUGAACAAGCGCAAGAUCCACAAUCUGGAGAAGUUUCUUCCGCCAGCCAACGCCGUGGUGCCGCUGCUGCCUCUGACCGACACGGAGAUUGUCGUGUACUUCUUCCAGUCACUCGUGCGCCCCGUUGUGUCGCUGCGCUUGUACUCGCGCAACUGGGGUCCUGCGCACAUUGCGGAUACGCUGAAUGAGCAUCGCAUUGUGCAGGGCGGCUAUCUGCGCAACACGGCGAGCGUCAAGUGCACGACGGCCAUCAAGAAGGGCAAGGAGCGCUACGGCGAGGUGUGGUCUGAGCAGCUGGGCACUGUGUUCUCCGGGGCCGACGAUCUCAAGGCGACUGACCUGAUGCACCUGGACGCCGAGGAGGCGGGCUCCGCCGUCGACUUUGAUGUGCGUGCGCUCGACCUGGAGAUCAAGAAGCAUCCGCGCGAGGGCGUUGCCGGCGGCAUCUUCACCCGCUGCGUCAAGUACUGCGUCGAGCACAAUGCCGCGUACACGCUGCGGAACGUGCAUGAGCUGGCUGUCUCGCUGCGCAACGGCACCGAGCCUGUGCAGCCCAAGGAGCCCGAGGGCAUCUAUGUUGCUGGCCGCGACCUGCUUCUCGAGCGCGAGAAGAAGCGUGCUGCUGAGAUGAUGCAGCAUGGCGACGAGAUGGAGGGUGUUGAUGGUGCGGACGCCGAGGACGACAACGACGACGCUGACGCCUAUGCCCACACCGACAUCGCAGAGGCCGAGUAA